AUGGAAAAUAACAAGCUCAACUCAACAGAUAAGAAUAUAACAGAUGAAACAGCUACAAUUUGUAAUAAAAAGCCACUAAGCGACUCUAAAGUAGAUCUAUUUGUUAAUGAUUCAAACAAAGAGUCUCCAGUAUGCAUUAAAUCAACAACAGAAACAGAAGAAAAUAAGAGAAAUAGCACUAAUGUUAAUGCGCCCUACGAAGCUUUAGAAGUGAUCCAAAAUUUAGAGAAUAAUAGUAGGUCGCUGGGAAUGUCUAAGUAUGUAUAUUUAAUAAUAUAUAAUCUUAUUUUAUGGUCUUUUGGCAUCUCUUUAAUACUUUACUUAACUAUUAUAUUAUAUAGUGAUGAUAAUGGUAAAAUGAGUAAAGAAAUGAAAAAUGAUAUAGGAAUUUCUGAAUUUGGUUUUUCGGCUUUACAAUACUUUCAGUGCUUCAGUAAUCUUCUAUAUGCAUAUGUUACAAUGUAUAGUAUGGGGAAAAUUAGCGAUAUUAUAUACGAUAGAGGCAAUACGGGAGUAUUUAUUGCGAUCGUUUUUAUUCUGCUGUGUUUGAGCUUAGUUUGUAUAUCCUAUUGUGCAGGGAUAUUUUUGACUAUUUUCUUAUCCUACAAAGGAAUAUUUUAUUUUAUUAUAGUUAUGUCCAUAAUAAUACAAAUUUUAUCCAGUAUUUGUGUAUACUCCUAUAUUUCUAUAAGCCAAAAAGCCUCAGGAUCUAGAUACAGGACGUUAUACGUUGCUAAAUCAUAUUUUAAAAGGAUAUUCUGUGCAAUAUACCAUCUAAACACCAUAGUUUGUAUUGUGCUGUGCAUAAUAAUGGCAGUAAAUAGGUAUAAUUGGGUGAAUAACUUUCAUUCUAAAAUAACAGCUAAAGUCGUGGCAAAUGCCACUAACUCUUCAGCUCUGUCUCUAUAG